CCUAAAAUCGCGGGAAACGCGUCCUCUCUUCUGGAGUUCCGUGAGGUUUGCCCGUAAUUCCAUAUUAUUAACAAUUGCGACGGCUUGUCCGGUGACAGACAGGUUCGCGUGAACGCCAGUGCCGUGUAGAAAUUAGUGUGAGUCUACGGAUGAGAUAGAUUAAGUUAUUAGUGAGAAAGAAGCAUUUCAAACCGAGAAGUAUGAAAAUGCUUCACUGAUCAGAGCAUUAUGAGUACUACCAGCACAAACACUAGUAAAGCAUCUACGCCAACUAACCAGCCCCAAGCAGAGUCCGAGGAACAGACUAAGGCUGGGAACGAGGAUGCACGCGACAACCAUGAGAACUCGUGUGAAAAUAACUCCACUGAUAGUCUACAUGGCAGGAGCCGUUAUGGUAGAACAAUAAAGUUCAAGUCUACUAACAUUGCCAAUUCACCACAAAAUUCACUAAUGCCAAAGAUACGUAGACAUCAAAAUUCCACUGAUAGUAAUAAUGAAAGUAUACAUGAGGAUAAUGUAAGUAGCAAUGCAGAUGAAGCCAGUGACAUCUCCACUAAUACCAUGAACUAUAUUGGAGAGAGCUCACCAUUGAAAGGAAUUAGUACUUUGGAAUGCAACUGGGUUGCAGGACACUUAGCAUGGGCCAGAGUUGGAAAUUUUCCAUUUUGGCCUUGCAUUGUAACACCUGAUCCAAGCUCGAUGAUAUAUUAUAAAUUUUUAGUUAGAGGUAAAGCACAUAAAACACAUGUAUUAAUGAUACAUGUUCAAUAUUUUGGAGACAGAGGACGUCACAGCUGGGUCUCCUCAAAAUGUAUGAUGGAAUUUACAAAUCUUGCUGACUUCAAGAAAGCAGCAGAAUUGGCGACAUCAGAUCCGAAGAAGAAGGAUCCUAAAUAUACUGCAGCUUUCACUGUAAAACAAUCGACCAAGUCAAAAUGGGAAAGCGCCAUCGAAGAAGCUUUAGAAGUGCAAUUGAUGACGAUCACGGAGAGAGCCAAAAUGUUUGCUCCGAAAGUUAAAGCUUCGAGAUCGGCCAGUUCAAAGACACUCAUAAUUGAUGAAAAAAAUAAAAGUAGCAAGAGGAAAAAUUCUAAUGAUCAAGAUGGCCCCGAUAUCAAACGUAUCAAACAAGAGAACACAGAAAAAUCUCCGCGUAAAGCGGAAGGAACGAAAUCGCACGAGAUCGAAAAACCGAAAUCAAAAAAGCGAUUUACCAUAAAUGGUAAGCUCGACGCAAAACUGAAUUUCGAAGUUAGGUCUUCGUCCCCUUCGAGCAAUAAGUCUCAGGAUGACAGUUCGUCGAAUACAAAAAUUGAUAAAAACGAUGAGGACGAAGACGGUAUUUUUGAAAUUUAUUAUGAGCGAAACAAAGACAUGUUGGAAGACGAAUAUCCGGCCGCGUCAGAACAUGACAUUAAGAAGUAUCUGCGAAAUACCUGGGACAGUAUGGAGCCAGCAUUCCGAAAGAAAUAUCGGACGUACAUGACACGUGAGAACAGUGAACAUUCGAAAGAAAGUUCCUCGGAUCAUGACGACGAAAUGUCCACGGGCAUCGAUACGAACGUAAAAGAAAAUAAGAAAGCGAAGAAUAAGGUUGACAAGGACGAGAGUUCAGUCUCAGAAACAAAACGUAGUAGACCACAUAAUCUUUUUAAAGGUAUGAAGCAGGAAAAGGUUUGUCAGAUUUGUGAGAAGACCGGCAAGCUAACAAGGUGUAAGGGGCCUUGUUAUUCGUAUUUUCAUUUGCCCUGUGUGAAACCUGGCGAAUCUAGUCCAGAACACUCUGCAGACGAGAAUACAUCGGAAGAUAAAAUAAUCGACGAUGUAAACGUGAUUAAGAGAAGCAUUAGUGGCGGAGAUGACAAUGUUAAAAUGGAAGAACAAGAAGACGAAAUGUUCAAGUGUAUCGAUUGUCUGUCAGGAGUAGCACCCGCUUGUUUUAUAUGCAACGAGAGGGAAGGAGACAGGAUAAGAUGUUCGGUAAUGGCUUGUGGAAAGCAUUAUCAUUCCAUGUGUCUGAAAUCAUGGCCUCAGUCGCAUUGGCAAGGUGGACGUCUGACUUGUCCGUACCACUUGUGUCACACCUGCAGCUCCGAUAAUCCACAGGACAAUCAUUCGCGUGCACCGAAUGAGAAAAUCGCAAGAUGCGUCCGUUGUCCUUCGUCUUAUCACACAUCUACAUUGUGCUUACCUGCUGGCUCGGUGAUUUUGACAGGUAGUCAAAUUGUAUGCCCAAAGCAUUACAAAGCGCCCCAACCACCGGCGAAUGCGGCGUGGUGCUUUUUAUGCACUCGUGGCGGUAGUCUCAUAUGUUGUGACACAUGUCCAACUUCAUUUCAUUUAGAAUGCCUUGGUAUAAAAGCACCAGAUGGUGGGUUUUUUUGUGAAGACUGCGAAACUGGAAGAUUGCCUUUAUACGGGGAAAUAGUAUGGGUAAAGUUAGGUAGUUAUCGAUGGUGGCCAGCUCGUAUAUGUUAUCCGGCAGAAAUACCUGAAAAAGUAGAAGCCAUUCCACAUAGUCCUGGUACAUUUUGUGUAAUGUUUUUGGGAUCUAAUGAUUAUUACUGGGUACACAGAGGACGAGCUUUCUUGUAUCAAGACGGUGACGCAAGUAUAAAGCCGGCUAUAGGUAAGAAGUCAAUAAUGGAUGAUGCAUAUCGGAAAGCUUUAGAGGAGGCUAACAAGAUACACCUGCAAUUGAAAGAGGAACGGUCUGUAACAAAAGAGCCAAAAGGAUUGAAACCGCCGCCAUAUGUAAAAUUGAAAGUCAACAAACCGGUUGGUAACGUUAAACCAGUUGAGGUCGAAAGUAUCGUUGCAUGUGAAUGCGACCCGGCCUGGGACGAUCCUUGUGCACCCGGUACGGAUUGCUUGAACCGCAUACUAUUGGUUGAAUGCAGUCCCGGUAUCUGUCCGGCUGGAUCCAAGUGCAUGAACCAGUCGUUCGUGUUGCGGAAGUAUCCAGCGAUGGAACCGUUUCACACUACCGGGCGCGGUUGGGGCCUGAAAGCUCUGGAGGAUAUCAAGACAGGACAAUUCGUUAUCGAAUAUGUAGGCGAAGUUAUCGACGAGGCGGAGUAUAAACAUAGGUUGCACAGGAAAAAAGAACUGAAGAACGAGAACUUUUAUUUUCUGACGAUCGAUAACAACAGAACGAUCGAUGCGGAGCCGAAAGGGAAUCUAAGUAGAUUUAUGAAUCAUUCAUGUGCACCGAACUGUGAAACACAGAAGUGGACGGUAAACGGCGACACGCGCAUUGGCUUGUUCGCGUUGCGUGACAUAGAAUCCGGUGAGGAGCUGACAUUUAAUUAUAAUUUAGCGUCUGACGGAGAAACUCGAAAAGCGUGUCUCUGCGGUGCACCGAAUUGUAGCGGUUUUAUCGGUUUGAAAGCACAGAAACAGCAAUUACCGGCGGUACAAUCAUCUGUUCAACCAAAAUCAACUCCGCAACCAAAGAAAGUUGAAAAGGCUCUCUUACAUAGAAAAUCAGAUAAACGAUUCAGAAGAUCGAUGAAGUUAACUUGUUGGCAAUGCGGGCAAGAGAUAUCAAGUUCGAAUGAGCCAUUGAUCUGCCAACAAAGAACAUGUAGAAAGAAAUAUCAUAGGACUUGUGUGACACUUGAUGGCACGGAAUCGAAAUUCAGUUGUCCUUGGCAUUAUUGUUUAGAAUGCGGCCGUCGAACAUCAACACACUGUUCCUUCUGUAGCACUGCCUUUUGCCAAGUUCAUCAUGAGGGAAACCUGUUCGAACAUAGCGAGAAGAGUGGCGUGGUGUGUAAAUUACAUGUAAAUGCUGAUGUACGAAAAUCUGUCGAAGGCGAGAAAGAGUAUUCGGAUAUCGAUAAUGAAACCGACAGAGAAUAUUCUUCCACGAGCUCCAAUAGUUCUAUCGUGAUGGAAAAAAUUACUACGCGAGAACCAUUACCAAGAGUUGCUAUUGUAGAGGUUCAUCUGAGCAGCGAAGAGAGUGAAGAAUCUCAGAUGGAGGGAGAAGAAAACAAUCUCGAGACUAGUUUUACAUCGUAUGAUAAAGAUUCAAUGGCAACGAAGAAAAAAACAUUUCAUCGUUUGUCUCUUAAAUUACAGAGGAAAGAAAAUCAAGCAGAAGAAUUAAAUAAUCUUACAUCUAGUCAAUUGGAAGCUAUAAUUGGCGGUAGUUUGUGUGAAUAAAAAAACGUUCCAUCACUACAUAUAAUAAAUAAUGUAAUCUCUCCCCACAUUAUAUAAAUAUAUAACAUGAAUAAUUCAUACAGUUUCUCAGUAAGUCUUUCUUUGAUUUGUUUAGUAUCUUAUCUAUUUAUCUCGAAAACAAUUCGAAGAGCAAAUUAACAUUUACACUUCUAAGUUCGAAAUAUUUAUUAUAAAAAUGUUACGCGAUAACUAGUGCCUUGAUAAGACAAAAAAUUAAGCAAGUUUUUAAUUUUAGUCAUAUUUAUAUAUUUGUGGAUUUAAUGUAUGUGAUAUAUAUUUUCUGGUGUUUUACCCUUAUUUAUUUAUAUUUAUUUAUAAGAAUAUAUAGAAUCAUAUGUCAAAGUGAUGGGACGUAUUAAAUUCACAUUACUUUUGUAUCGUUUGUCUUAGGCCGAAUUAAACAAUAAAGUAAUAAAGUAUUUUCACUGCCUUACAUUCGGAAAAAACUGUACUGUUUAUGGAAAUUUAUACUUACAAAUAUAAAUUUUUUAAUUUCUUUUAUAGUGUGCUUAUAUUGAGAUAUCGUGUCAGAGAUCGUGUACAAAAUAAGUCAUAUAGUAAUAAGUUGAUACGUGUAGAUCGCGAAUAACGAACACAACAAUUGAUAAUUAUCACAUAAUCGUAAAAAUAUUUAAGAAGUUGUAUGUACAU